AUGCAGCAGGCUGGAGAGAAGAGUGACAAGGGGAAGGAGGAGGUGGAACAGCGAGAGGAGAGAAAGUGCAUUCAAACAGAGGAACGGAAGGACAUAUAUGACGAGCACGGCAAGUACAAAUUUACUCGAGGAUGCACCGUCUUUGACGAGCAAGGCCGCCUACAAAAGGAGCACUUGGAGCACUUGGAGUGCAGUCGGUAA